UUAUUACCAUUUGUGAUUUAUUCAUUGUAAGUUUCCUACAUAGUUCUCUCUCUUGUUGACGAGAUUACGGUGGUGGUCGUGCUCGACCUCCCUCUCGCUGUCUGUUCCAUUCCUGGCUAUCUGAAGCGCAAAACCGCCGCAAUCGCAUCAAACUUUGUAUCUUGAUCUUUAUCUUAAGCUGAGGAAGAGAUGAAUUGGAUUCAGCGCAAGAUCUACCUUUACAAUGUGACGUUCGGUCUCUACAUGUUGGAUUGGUGGGAGCGUUGUACUUUCAAUAUUUUGGUGAUUGUAUUAAUGUGUUUUGUCGUUCGAUAUGUUACUCAGUUCUUCAAGAGGACUACUACAUAUAUCUCUGCAGAGAAUAUUUGACAUGCAGGUAUGUGUGGUAAGAAACAAAAUCCAUUCUCACGUGAGGAAGCAAAUGUAGAUUGUUACUUGGGAGUUUAAAUUAGUUGCAGCCGGUGUAUUUGGUAUGGCUGACUAGGGAAUAUCUUGAUAUAGCCUGACUUAGAAUUUCUUAAAGCUACUUUUCAUGCCAACUAUACACCGCCAUGAAUCUUAUUUGAACAUUUCUUUACUUCUUAGCUUGUAUGGAUGCCGUUUGAUAUUCUUUACAUUGUAAUAAUUAUAUUAUUAUUGGGAAAUGAUAGUUUAGACUUUUGAAUGGUGUAAAGUGUGAAAUGCACCGUAAUACCAUCAAAAUGAAGAGUGGUGGUGUAAUUAAAAAUAACAUUUUUGACAUUUCGAAA